UUUUUAUGUUUUUUUAGAUAUAAAUUAAGGUUUUCAUGAUAAUUUAUUAACAUGUCUGCAAUGAAAAUUCCUGAUGAUGAAGAACAAAGGAAUAUUAUUGACAAACUUGCGAAUUUUGUUGCGCGCAAUGGUCCAAAGUUUGAAGAGCUCACUAAAAGUAAACAAAAGGAUAAUCCAAAAUUUGCUUUUUUAUUUGGAGGAGACUACCAUAGCUACUAUUGCUGGAAAGUUGGUUUGGAAACUACCCAGUGUGAAGCUCAAAAAAGAUUAAAUCAACAGCAAGAGCAGCCUCCACCCCCACCUUCUUUCCAGCAACAGCAGCUACCACAAAUUCCCUCCCAGUUUACCAUACAACCUCCAGAAGUAAUUGCUCCUUCGCAUCGAAAUGAGUUUGAUUUGGAAGAAUUUAGAGUUUUGUUACAAAAGUUAAUCCUAGCCUGCACAAAAGAUAAUAUACAGAAUGGUAAAACAUGGAUUGUGGAGAAUUGUAAGAGCUAUGAACAAUUCACAGCAAUCGGAAGAUUUUUGUUUCAAAGAAUGCUUGAAGAAUCUCUUCCUUUCCAACAAAAGUUACAUAUUGUCUACCUUACUAAUGAUUUGCUACAUCACAGUAGAAAAAAAGAUGUACCUCUGUUACAAGAGGGUUUACAGAACUACAUUCUGCCAAUUGUAGCAAUCGUUCACAAUGGAGAAGCUGCUGACAACCAACAAAAACUUGCUAAAGUUGUCAAGAUUUGGGAAACACAAAAAUUUUUUAGUCCAGAUAUAUUAGAAAAAUUAUGUUUGAGUGAUAAGUUAUAUGACACACAAUUGGAUAUCAUUGAAAAAGAGAGAGAAUAUAUGAGGAUUGAAAAGGAUAAAAAACAAAGAGAAGAACAAGAACAAAGGCAACAAGAGGAAGAGAAAAAUGCAUCUGAAGAACUGAGUAAUCGAGGAUACAACAUGUACGAUCAUCCUCAACAUCCUCAAGCGCAAGAUUAUCCUCCUCCACCUAUGCCUGGACACUUUCAACAGUUUCAGCAAUUUAAUCAAUGGCAUCAACCACCUCCUCCACCUGUAGCACCACAGGAUCCAUAUCAUUUUUAUGGAUCAAAUUAUACACCUUCAGUUCGCCCACCUGCACCUUUUCCACCCCCUAGAUUUCCUUUAUCUGACCAAGGAAAUUUUGAUCAACAACCACCUGGUUAUCCUCCAUAUGAUAUGCCACCUCAAUUUCAGAAUUCGGAAAUACAAACAUUUGAUUACAGCCAUCAGCGAGUUCCACCUGGUCCAACUCCAAUGACAUUUGAUUAUGAACAUGGCAGAGCUCAUCAUCCACCUGAACAAGAAGUAAUGCAUGAUCCAACAAUACCAAUGGCUCCAUAUUAUGAUCUUCCUGCUGGCCUUAUGGUUCCACUAAUAAAGAUAUGGGAUUGUGAAUAUAAUCCAAUAGAUCCAAAAGAUCUUCGAUUGCCUAUUCCACAACCUCCAAGUGAGAGAUUACUGGCAGCUAUUGAAGCAUUUUACAGUCCUCCUUCCCAUGAAAGACCAAGAGACAGUCAAGGAUGGGAAAAGAAUGGACUUUUUGAGUUUUACAAAGCCAAACUUAAGUACAUUAAGGAUAAAGAGCGCAAUCUUUCUACGAUUGACCGAUCUCUUUCCCCGCCAUCUAGUCGAUCCCCAUCUCCUGAAUCAGCUGGUAGUCCUCUUGUAAAAGAGAGAAAAAAAUCCAGAAGCCCUAGUCCUGCACGUUCUCGUAGUAGGAGUAGAGAUAGACAAAGGUCAACAAGUCCUAAAGAAAAGUCACAAAGCAAUCGACGAAGUGCUUCAAAAAGUCGCUCUAGAAGUCCUGCUCGAAGGUCCCGAAGUAGAUCAUACUCACGGUCUCACUCACGAUCUCGCUCUCGGUCUCGAUCAAAAUCACGAUCUCCACCACGCAGGAGUCCACUUAAAAGAAGUCCUACACCACCUGAAAGCUUUGUUGGUUUCACACCAAGGCCUAUGGAAUCAAGAAUUGAUGAUUCUAAUGUUGGUCAUCAAAUGUUAAUGAAAAUGGGAUGGGGAGGACAAGGAUUAGGGAAAAAAGAAACUGGAAUUGUUAACCCUAUUAAAGGAGGUGAGAUCAGAGAUAGACAAGAUAAAUUUAAGGGAAUUGGAUCUGAUAUGAAUGAUCCAUUUGAGAACUUUAGAAAAAAUAAAAGUUAUUCAUACAGCAGACCGAGAUCGAGUUCGAAAAAGUAAUUUCAGGUUUUAUUUUGUGGCGAAUUCUGUCAAGAUAAAAUGCAAUGUAUACAUUGAGCAAGUGAGAGAUAUUCUGUGCAUGCACGUUGAUAUAACAAUGAAUAUCCACGGUGAUUUUCAGCCGAGCCAUAAAAAAGAGUUUAGUUUAUAACCAUAUAACGAAUGCUCAUUAUUUCAAUUAACUGUUGUGUAAAAAAAUCAUGAAACAGUUUUCCGUUUUGUUGUUGCAAAAUGCGGAUUAAUAAUGCAUAAUGGCUGCUCGUAUAGCAAUAAUUGAAAUUAUUCUUUUUCAUUAGA